GACUUGGGAGAUGUCUGCGGCGGCACCUGCGGAGCUCUCGGGUCCUCCCGGAAACUUUGACAAGCGGCUCCUGGUGACCGGAGGUGCUGGCUUCAUUGCAUCACAUGUGAUUGUUUCUUUAGUAGAAGAUUAUCCAAAUUACAUGAUCAUUAAUCUAGACAAGCUGGAUUAUUGUGCAAGUUUGAAGAAUCUUGAAACUAUUUCUACCAAACAAAAUUAUAAAUUUAUACAGGGUGACAUAUGUGAUUCUCACUUCGUGAAGCUGCUUUUUGAAACACAGAAAAUAGAUAUAGUCCUUCAUUUCGCUGCACAGACACAUGUAGAUCUUUCAUUUGUACGUGCAUUUGAGUUUACAUAUGUUAAUGUUUAUGGCACUCACGUCUUGGUGAGUGCAGCUUAUGAAGCCCAUGUGGAGAAAUUCAUUUAUGUCAGCACAGAUGAAGUGUAUGGAGGCAGUCUGGAUAAGGAAUUUGAUGAGUCUUCACCUAAACAACCUACAAAUCCUUACGCAUCAUCUAAGGCAGCUGCUGAGUGCUUUGUACAGUCCUACUGGGAACGGUACAAGUUUCCAGUCGUGAUUACAAGAAGCAGUAAUGUUUAUGGGCCACAUCAGUAUCCAGAAAAGGUUAUUCCAAAAUUUAUAUCUUUACUACAACACAACAGGAAAUGCUGCAUUCAUGGAUCGGGGCUUCAAACAAGAAAUUUUCUUUAUGCUACUGAUGUGGUAGAAGCGUUUCUCACUGUCCUCAAAAAGGGGAAACCAGGUGAAAUUUAUAACAUUGGAACCAAUUUUGAAAUGUCAGUUGUACAGCUUGCUAAAGAACUAAUACAAAUGAUCAAAGAGACUAGUUCAGAAUCUGAAAUGGAAAACUGGGUUGAUUAUGUUAAUGAUAGACCAACGAAUGACAUGAGAUACCCAAUGAAGUCAGAAAAAAUGCAUGGUUUAGGAUGGAGACCUAAGGUUCCUUGGGAAGAAGGAAUUAAGAAAACAAUUGAGUGGUACAGAGAGAAUUUUCACAACUGGAAGAAUGCGGAGAAGGCACUCGAGCCCUUCCCAGUACAGCCAGCGGUUGUAUAGUCAGGACGGUGUUCGGAAAAAGAAGGACAUGAUCCUACCUCAGCAAG